UUCGUAUUUUAACCCCCCCCCCCGCCGCCCUCCAAGAUGGCAGCUAUCCAAGCCCUCCAGCAGUGGUGCAAGCAACAGUGCCAAGGAUACCGGGAUGUCAGCAUCACCAACAUGACCACUUCUUUCCGGGACGGCUUGGCCUUCUGUGCCAUCCUUCAUCGCCACAGGCCGGAUCUCAUAAACUUCAGUGCUCUGAGCAAAGAAAAUAUCUACGAAAACAACCAGUUGGUAAGAUUUUCCAGUUCUGCUUCCUGCUGUGACGUCAUGUUUUCUGUGCCCUCAGGGUUCCUCUCUGCCCCUGCACUCUGCCCCAUGCUUUGGCCCUGGGUAGAUUAGAUCAAAACAAAUGGACCAUAAAUUUAGACAGCGUGCCAAGAAACUUAACCCGUCUUACAUUCUUCCUGCAUCUGGCAGCCUUUGGGUCAAUUCAAACACUCCUCC